UCAUUUAACUCAUUUAUUGAUAAAUUGAAAUCAUGUCUCGAAAACAUCGAAAUUUAUUGAAAAUUUCUGUGAUCAAAGACUAUACAAGUUACAGACAUGGUUAACUGUGGCACAUGGAUGAAAGUGCUGCAGCAUAAAAACCGCCGCGGUCGAGAGACGUGGUCCAUAAAAAGAAUCGGAAUCUUCAGGAAUUGGUGGCGCAGCUACCGUAAUACUAAAAAGACAUCAAAAGCCGUGAGUGGAUCCGCCUCUAAGCCUAACGGUGAGCCACGGGCUUCUAGUCAACCUCCAGAUGCAUCACGUCCUUCACCCGAAUCACCAGCUAAAAAAAUAUUAGGUAGAAACUUUCGGCGGAAAAGACAGAUAUUUGGAUCAAUUUUAUUGGGGACGCUGAGUAGUUGCAUCCUCUGGGCGGUAUAUGAGCUGGGAAAGCCUGAAUUAGAUCAACGUAGCCAACCCAUUGAGGACGAGCUUAGCGAACUUCCUUACCCACAGCAGUAUCUGCAGAGAAUGUGGCGAUCCCUUCAUUAUUACCAGAAGAUGUUAGAGGAGCCACUGCCCACCAAGCUGCUGCCAAAUGAGUUGGAGCCACCGUACAUUCAACCACGCUAUUCGCUGGUUCUUGAGAUAAACGAUGUGUUAGUACAUCCCGACUGGACCUAUCAAACAGGAUGGCGCUUCAAAAAACGUCCUGGUGUGGAUUACUUUCUGCAGCAAUGCAGCAAGCAUUAUGAGAUAUGUGUGUACACCUCAGAACAGGGCACUACUGCGUUUCCCAUAUUAGACGCUCUCGAUCAGUUCGGCUUCAUUCGCUAUCGGCUGGUCCGAGAUGCCACUCAGCUGGUAGAUGGACAGCACAUCAAAAACCUUAAUCGCCUUAAUCGCAACCUAAGCCGUGUGAUUCUAGUCGACUGGGAUCGAAAGGCUUCACCGCUGCAUCCCGACAAUACCUUUGUCAUGUCCCGAUGGCUUGGUAACGAUGAUGAUGUACAGCUCUUUGAUCUAGUUGCCUUCCUGCAAUUAAUUGCUGAGCACAAGGUUGACGAUGUGCGGGAGGUCCUCCACUACUAUCGUCAGUUUGAUGACCCGAUUGAAAAAUUUAAAGAGAAUCAGCGAAAACUGCUUGAACAGAAACAGGAGAAGUCGGAUGCAGAAGUAGAGACCAAAAGCAAAUCUUUGUCCCGACAUUGGACUCGCAGUUUUAUGGGUUCCUGUACAAACUAAAUGAUUUAGAGAUAUUCAGUAUACUUGAUGAGAAAAUUUUAGUACCAAAUUGAUAGAAAGAAUCCACGAAUCUCCAUGGCAUUCCUCUUACAUUGGUCACUUCAAAUCAAGCAAACGGAAGAAAUGAUUCAUUUCCCAGAAGUUUGCCUCUUCUUUUAGCUCUUUCUACACUACUUAUGGUCAAUAAUGGAAGGUACCAAUAAAUAUUUCAGUGUAAAUUAGAUAAAUUUAUUAUAUUUGCAACUCUUUAC